GAAAACCAUGCAGUCAUCAGGGCACAGAUUCCGUGAUGUUGAGCACCACCCGCUUCUUGCUGAAAAUGACAGCUACGAUUCCUCUUCCUCGGAGGCCGACAUGGCAGAGAGGGUUUGGUUCAUCCGAGACGGCUGUGGUAUGGUCUGUGCUAUAAUGACAUGGCUUCUGGUUGUCUAUGCAGACUUCGUAGUGACUUUUGUCAUGUUGCUGCCUUCCAAAGACUUUUGGUACUCUGUGAUCAACGGUGUUCUCUUUAACUGCUUGGCAGUACUAGCUUUGUCAUCGCAUCUGAGAACUAUGCUGACUGAUCCAGGGGCUGUACCCAAAGGAAAUGCCACUAAAGAAUACAUGGAUAAUUUGCAACUGAAACCAGGAGAAGUGAUCUACAAAUGUCCGAAGUGCUGUAGUAUCAAACCUGAGCGUGCACACCAUUGCAGUAUUUGCAAAAGAUGUAUUCGAAAGAUGGAUCACCACUGUCCAUGGGUGAAUAAUUGCGUGGGAGAGAAAAAUCAGAGAUUUUUUGUUCUGUUUACGAUGUAUAUAGCCCUAAUUUCAGCUCAUGCGCUCAUACUGUGUGGGUUUCAGUUUUUCUCCUGUGUCCGAGGGCAGUGGACAGAAUGCAGUGACUUCUCCCCACCUGUAACUGUGAUCCUGAUGAUCUUCUUGUGCCUUGAGGGUUUUCUGUUUCUCACUUUCACUGCAGUCAUGUUUGGCACCCAAAUCCACUCAAUAUGCAAUGAUGAAACGGAGAUUGAAAGACUGAAGAGUGAAAAGCCAACAUGGGAGCGGAGACUACGUUGGGAAGGAAUGAAAUCUGUCUUUGGGGGUCAGCCUUCACUCCUGUGGAUCAAUCCUUUUGCAGGAUUUCGAAUCAGACGACUUCUACAGAGAGCAAAGAAAGGAGGACCUGAGUUUUCUGUUUGAGUCUAAUUACGCUGGAACUUGCAAGAGCACUAUAUAAUAUUUAUUUGGGGCCAGAAGGCUGUCUGCAUUUAAUCUGUGACCAGGUGAAACUGAUAUCAGACAUUUGCUUGUAGCAAGCAGAGUUUUAUACGUUUAUUGUCACAGACAUCUCAUUAACUUUCAGAGACAUGAACUGGAUCUGUUAUGGUCUUAACAGCAAGAUAACAAAGGAAAAGCACGUGGUCACACUAAAGAAGCCAAAUGUCAUGCUACUGUAAUUUAUUUUAUGAGAUUAAUUAUCCAUUUUUGUUAAACCCUUUUUAUUUGAUAAAUGUUUGGGGAAUUACCUGUGUGUUUUUAUAAAA